UUUUACGGACAAGUGAACACACAAUUUUACGGGCUUAUUUGGUAUUCCAUUGAAAUCGAUUUUAAAUUCCAUGAAUUAUUGAGUAAUUCAUAAUAAGUAAAAUGUUUGAAACUAGCCCCGUGCAUAUACAGAAGAUUAUGAAAGACUGGAACUUUGAAUUUUAACCAUACGCACAAGGUGUACAAACGAUGCAAUAUAGGCAAAGACUAGGAAUAGUUAUAGUGUGUUUAGGUAUUACGAUGCUGUUUUCUGUAUACUCACAGUUGUCAGACUAUUUUACUUAUAAAUUAGUUAAAGUUAAUUCAGAUGCUCCGUAUAUAUCUGGUUCAUCUUCAGCUUAUAUUUCGAACUUAUUAACAUCAAUUGAAUCAAUAAGGAAAGAUUGUGGUCCGUUGUGUGACACUUCACGAACAGGGUUACCUGGACCAUUUUUUGAUCAUAUAUUAGCAAACGUUAAUUGUACAGCUUUGUUUAAAAAUAAGUAUAUUGAUAUCGGCCAUGGAUUACCUCAAGCACCAGGACAGAUACCGACAGAAUUGAUUGACGAAUUUACAAUGAAUGGACGAAUACAUUUGAAGAAGUAUUAUCUAAAUCAACAGUAUUUAGGUCAAAAAGAUAAAAAGCUUGUUUGGAGUGAAAAACUUAUUGAGGAUUGGAUUGCCCUUGCAAAACGAGGUCAGUUAAAUGGCAAUUAUGGAGCUAUUGAAACAAAUGCCUUGCGUGAUGGACUACAACAUGCACCGAAUAUAAAAGGAGGACGUGUUUUAGUGAUAGGCUCAGAAAUUCCUUGGGUUGAAGCAUGUGUAUUGGAGGCAGGUGCCCGUGAAGUAGUGACACUAGAAUAUGCGGAAAUAGUAUCGGAGCACCCUCUUGUUAAAACAAUGUUACCGUAUGAUUUCAGAAUGAAUUUCCUUAAUGAAAAGAUGGAACUAUUUGACGCUGUUGUGACGUUUAGCUCUGUCGAACACUCCGGGUUAGGACGAUAUGGUGAUGCACUUAAUCCUUGGGGAGAUAUUAUCGCAAUUGCAAGGGCCUGGUGUGUUACCCGUUCAAGGGGGUCGUUGACUAUCGGUGUACAGUACAACUUCUAUGAUGAAUUCUUACGGUUCAAUGCAGAUAGAUGGUAUGGGAAAAUUCGUUAUCCAUAUCUCACAACAAACUGGAAACAAAUAUACCGAGGGGAAGGUUAUCAGCGUGUUCAUGUGUUCACAAAAUGACAUUUAUUUUGUUCAAUAAAAAGGUAUUGAGAAACAAA